GAGAAGGAGCGAUUGGCGGAGGAGACCAUAGCUCAGGAGGCAGGUCCAAUAGCUCGGGAGGCGUCUAAGAAGAAGAAAGAAGCUGCAAAGCAAAAGAGGGAGGAAAAGAUGCGUAGGAAAGAAGAACUCAAGAAGAUGAAAGCGGCGAAGGAAAAGUCGGAAUCCGAGAAGGCUAAACGUAAGGCGAACAAGGAUACACAAGUGCAGAGAAAAAGGAAGAACCAGAGACUUGCUACCAGUGGCACUAUGGCAGUAGCUACAGAAAGUAUUGCUCAGUCGACGCGCGAACAAAGAGAAAUCCUUGGAUUGCGGUCCCCGUCCGCAUCGCCUCCCCUGGGACCUUUCCCUAAAGCAGCACCACCACCUCCUCCUUCUCCGCUACCGCGUGCACCACAGUACCAACACAUACCACUACACCAACACAUACCACAACACCAACACCCAGCCGAAGAUUGCGUAGGAUUGCUAUUGGCCCUUGAUCCUACAUCACAUGACAAUCACGCCCCUGCGACAGAUACUGUCGGCCAGUACUACGAGAACACAAUGUCAACACGGAACCCAAAUCUACCCGACGCAAAACAGAGCCCCUGUGAACCAUUCGUAUACUAUUAA